AUGGAAACUACUUCAGUACUGUUGAUAUCUCUUUUUUUCAUUUUCAUUGCCAUCGCCCCAACUCUUUCAUGUGAUCCCUCAGGCUCGAUAGUUUACCAUGGAACAUCCUUCCCCAUAUACACGUGCUCGCCUCCAGUAACGGCACCGACUGGAGCCAAACUGACCCUCAACGAUUUCAGCAAAGGCGGUGACGGCGGGGAUCCGUUCGAGUGUGACGGGCAAUAUCAUGACAACAAUGAACUAGUUGUGGCACUUUCCACCGGGUGGUACAAUAGUGGGUCGCGUUGUGGGAGCAUGAUAACAAUUGCGGCAACUAAUGGGGCGAGUGUGAUGGCUAAAGUGGUGGACGAAUGUGAUUCCCGUGAAGGAUGUAACCGAGACCACGGAGGUCAGCCACCGUGCUUGAGCAAUAUUGUUGAUGGCUCUCCAGCAGUGUGGAACGCUUUGGGACUCGAUCAAGGGGUAGGAAUUGUUGACGUUACUUGGGCCAUGACUUAG